UUUUAACAUAAAAAACUUACUUAUCAACAACUUCAAAAUACAUACUAAAACUUCUUGCUUUAGGUCACGCACACUUGACUGAUUUUAACAUAGCGACGAGACUGCAAAAGGACGGACUUGCAUGCAGCAUGUCUGGCACUAAGCCAUAUAUGGCACCAGAGGUAUUCAUGUGCGCUUUAGAGGAAGUCGCUGGUUAUAGUUACCCAGUCGACUGGUGGUCACUGGGCGUGGUUGCGUACGAAAUGCGUGCCAAUGUGCGGCCCUUCGUCGUCCAUUCGAACACCGGACUAGCGGAGGUGAAGCAUAUAUUGAACGUGCCGGUACACUAUCCGCGCUAUUGGAGUCAUGAUUUCAUCGAUUUGCUAACAAAAUUGCUCUGCGUGCAUCCGGGCGCACGCAUCAGUUCGCAGCAAGAGCUCCAACAAACGCCGCUGCUGCGAUAUGUAGACUUCAAAGGUAUUUUGGAGAAAAAGACAAAACCACCCUUUAAACCACCUGAAGAUCAUCUCAAUUGCGAUCCGUGUUUGGAGUUGGAGGAAAUGAUUGUUGAAACGCGGCCGCUGCAUAAGAAAAAGAAACGUCUGGCCAAGCAGCGUUCAGCACAACGUGACAGCGACCCGGAAACGGUGCUCAUAAAAGAAUUCAUUGUCUAUAAUCGCUAUAAGGAAUUAAAGCGGAAAGCUAUGGAGAAGAAAGAGAACGAAUGGCAACGUGAACUGGAACACGCAAUGGCGAAUUCAAUUAUGACUAGUUUAGCGCCAAUACAGGAGAAGCCAACUUCAAUGCAUCUCAGUAGUGAUGAUGGCGAUGACAGCGCAGCAAUGACCACCAACGGCAAUGUUGUAGCCAAUCCUUUCAUAAACAACACGUCAUCACUCACAAAAACUAAUACAACUGCAACAAUAGCAAGCAUAUCUAGCAACACCACCGACGGCGCAUUACUGACGAGUGAUUCGCUUUGCACUGCAAUCACUUCAAUUGAAGAAGCACCUACAGCAACAACAACUAUGGGGGCUACUGUUGCGAGUACUGCAACAGCAUUGCCACCGAUCUGUGUUAAAUGCCGACAACAAACCCCCAGCGCCGUAAUGCAAACCACGCAACCACAUAAAACACAACAAUCAUCAGGCACAAAGGAUAAUGAAAGCUUAGAAUUUAUUGAUCGCACACCUUCGCCACCCGCAGUGCAAGGCGAAGCGCUAACGCCGUUAGCGGCAAGCACUUCGGUGUAGGCGAAUGUUGUGAUUUGUGGGAAUAUUGCUAAUUAAAAACGGUAUAAUUAAGAACGACUCGUAACCGCGCUCGUAAUACGUUUAAGUGUACACAGUUUAUAAGUAUCUAUUACCUUGCUUAUACCAAUGUAAGAACGGCAUUUACAAUAAACCGAUUUGACUCAACACAUAUUUCUUGCAAAAGUUUAACAUUUGUUGUUCUCUUUAAUAAUUUAUUUGCGCGAUUGACCGAAAUGAAAACAAACAAUAAAUCAAAUUUAUUUUAAUAAUAAUUCAAAUUUAAAACGGGCUGUAUAAAGAAAACCUGCAUUUUUCACUUCGCGUCAAACGAGUGAUGUGUUUAAACCUGUUUUCUAAGCGAUGUGAGUAGAACACCGAUUUGAAAACAAAAUCGAGUCAAUACACUUUUGAAUUUCUGAGCGAAUGGAAAUUU